UCACGAGUGACGCUCAGCUCAGCUGAUAUCUCCAGUGUGCGCCGGGCUUUAAAGAAUAAGGAUGUUAAUUUAAACAACUAGCUCUGAUAUGCUAUGACCAUGUUUAUCGAAUAUUGAGUAACAAUGUAUAAAAUUAUUGGAAAAUGCAACGGCAUGAUUCGUAUUUAGUAUGCACAUAUAAAAAAUGUCGACUAAAGACUAAAAUUAUUUUGAACUAUAGCUACAAAGGAAUUCUAUGGCUUGACACCUUAAUUGUUUUGCUCUCUAGUCAGUAUAAUAUAUUAACAUGAAAUUCAUUUAUGUACUGACUUUGGCAGUGGCUGCGAGAUCACAGUGUAACGAUAGUAGGGUACCGUUUUGGGUUCCCUGUGACACACGGCCAGGGAAUGGGCAUAGAACAAGAUGGCGGACAGUCAGAAUUUUAUAACUUUAUAUUCUUAGCUUUUUAUGUAUGUUUCACUGUUCAUUUAUCGUCUAUUAAAAACGUAACAUGGUGUCAGGAGUAAAACUAGUCUAUGUGGAUGGACGUUAGCGUUGAUACGGUCGGAAACGACGAAGAAACAAGCGAAAACUCAACGAGAAUGGCGUAUUUUCAGAUACCUCCUCCGGACGUGCUUAAUUUAAAUGAUGGUUCAACGGCUUCGAACUGGCGCGAAUGGAAGUCCGCUUGGAGCAAUUACACGUUGGCGACAAAGCUUGAUAAAGAAGACGAGGCACGUCAGGUAGCUACACUUCUAGCAGUAAUAGGAAAAGAAGCAAACAAAGUAUUUAGGACAUUUGUUUGGGGGUCAGAAGAUGAUUCUAAGAAAAUUGAUCUAGUCAUAACGAAGUUCGAGGAAUACUGUAUUCCAAGACAGAAUGUGACAUAUGAACGUUUUCGUCUGUUUACGCGUGAUCAAGGGCCCACAGAAACCGUAGACCAGUACAUGAUGGAGCUGCGUAGAAUUUCUGCAAACUGUGAUUUGGAGUCGAUUACACCAGAUCAAAUAUUGCGAGACCGACUUGUUACUGGAAUUAGGGAUGCAAAGGUACGCGAACGAUUACUUCGAGACAAUAAACUUACCUUAGAGAAAGCACUAGACAUUGUGCGAGCUGCUGAGAGUACGACAGCUCAAAUGAAGGAGAUGAAUUUAGAGGCUGGAAUACAUGCUGUCCGGCAGACACAACAACAUGACGGGUCCAAAGCAGAUGUACCAAAAUCGGAUAAAGCGGUAAUAAAGGAUUGCAAAUAUUGUGGUCGCGAUCAUGAGAAGCGUAAAUGUCCGGCAUUUGGCCAAACAUGUAGAAAGUGUGGAGUAAAAAAUCAUUUCGCAGUUAAGUGCCAAGCUAAAAGUAAAGUUUCUGCUGUGCAUGAUCAAGAUCGAUUUUAUUUGGGCACCACCAAAACGGGUGAAAAGGAAGUUCGUUCAACUGUAACUUUAACAAUGUUAAAUGAAGUAGAUGAUGUACCAAAUGGAGAUGUCCAAUUUCUUAUGGACACUGGGGCAGAAUGUAAUGUACUACCAUUGAAUGUGUACCAGAAAGUGACAGGUGAUAAAGAACUAAAUAAAUUAGAUAAGAACAAACGUUCAGUGCUCGUUUUAGCCAAUGGAUUUGAACAGCCUAUUGAAGGUCGGGCCAUGGUGAGAGUAAGUCGAGGUACUCAGACCCACAAACUUGUUGUGAAUGUAGUAAAAGGACAAGGGUACGAGCCAAUCCUAUGCAAGCAGACCUUGAUAUGAUUGACAUGGACAUGAUAAAGAUCCUUGAUUCCGACCAAAAACCCCGAGUAAGUGUAGUAACAGCAGGAUGCGACCCUUUGUUACAAGAGUUUAAUGAUGUCUUUGAAGGUCUUGGAAAGCUCGAAGGACAAUACACGAUUGUCACAGAUCCAUCAGUGAAGCCUGUGGUACAUCCGCCUCGCCGUUUGCCAGUAGCAUUAAUCGAUCAAGUCCAAGAAAAGCUUGACAACAUGGUAAAGGAUGACAUUAUUGCAAAAGUUGAUCAACCCACUGAUUGGGUCUCCAGCAUGCUCGCUGUCCGAAAACCGACGUUGGGACCAGACGGAAAAGUUGAUAUUCGCAUUUGUCUUGAUCCAAAAGAUCUAAAUGGUGCAAUAAAACGUGAACAUUUCCCAAUGCCUACUAUUGAAGAAGUUGCUACGCGAUUAAAUCGGGCGAAAAUUUUCAGUGUGUUUGACGCCAGUAAUGGAUUUUGGCAAGUAGAACUCGAUCCAGCGUCCAGCCGAUUCACUACUUUCAACACUCCAUUCGGGCGGUAUUGUUGGAAACGUAUGCCGUUUGGUAUAAGCAGCGCACCAGAAGUAUGGCAGCGAAAAAUGCACGAACAUGUUGAAGGGUUACAUGGGGUGGAAGUGAUAGCGGAUGAUUUUGUUGUGGUUGGGUUUGGAAGUACCCCAGAGGAGUGGAAUGCUGACCAUGACCGCAAUGUCCGUGCUUUUCUGGAGCGCUGUCGGGAGAAGAACCUGAAGCUCAAGAAAGAAAAAGCUCAGUUAAGGAAGACGGAAGUGGCAUUUAUCGGACACAUAUUAACCCCAGAUGGUUUGAAGCCUGAUCCAAAGAAAGUAGAGGCCAUCAACGACAUGCCUCAUCCUACAGAUGUGCAGUCUCUACGAAGGUUCCUGGGUAUGGUAACCUACCUAGCCAAGUUUUUGCCAUGUCUUUCUGAUGAAACGGAAGUGUUGAGGAAGCUCACAGAGAAAGAUGCCGAGUGGUGUUGGUUAACCGCACACGAAGAAGCCGUGGUCCGAAUCCAAAGAAUGAUCAGCACUGUGCCAGUGCUUGCCUACUAUGACGUCACAAAGCCCGUAACUAUACAGUGUGAUGCCUCCCAAACCGGUCUUGGAGCUGCUCUUCUACAAGAUGGCCACCCAAUUGCCUACAGCUCUCGAGCACUAACAGCAACUGAGCGCAACUACGCGCAAAUAGAGAAAGAGCUCUUAGCCAUUGUCUACGCAUGCGAGAAGUUCGACCAAUACAUUUUCGGAAAGAGCGACGUAGUGGUAGAAUCAGACCACAAGCCACUGGAGACUAUAUUUAGAAAACCCAUUCACAGCGCACCGAAGAGGUUGCAACGGAUGCGAUUACGACUACAAAGCUACGAUAUCCGAGUCGAAUACAAGAAAGGAACCAUGAUGUAUCUGGCUGAUACGCUCAGUUGAGCGUAUUUGAAUGUCAGCGCAAAACAAAGAGAGUCUUGUGAUGUAUGAGCAGUGAAAGAACAAGUAUUUUCAGCUGAACUCGAACAGUUAAAGCAUGAUGAAGACCUAAAUGUUCUCCCACGAAAAUUGAAGAGACUGCGGGAAGAAACAAGCAGAGAUGAGGAGCUCAAAAUUCUGAUCCACUUUAUCACUCAUGGUUGGCCUGACAAUCGUAAGGAAGCAUCCAAACUCGAUAAUCCCAGUAAGAGAGUUUUCCAUUUAUACUGGAACAGUCGUGAUGAAUUGACCUAUGAAGAUGGCAUUGUGUAUAAAGGACACCGCGUGGUGAUACCUGCGGCAGAGCGUCAAAAUACCAUGAAAAGCUUGCAUCAAUCACACAUCGGUAUCGAAGGCACUUUGAGACGAGCACGUGACACCGUCUACUGGCCUGGAAUUACGGCAGUUCUUAAAGAUUACAUAUCCAAAUGUGGAAUUUGUAACAGAUAUCGACCAGAACAAUGCAAAGAACCAUUGCACCCUCACAAAGCGCCCGAAAUACCAUGGGAGAAAGUCGGCGUAGAUUUAUUUGAGUUGGACGGACAGACAUUCCUAAUAGCGGUGGAUUAUUAUUCUGGGCUGUUUGAAGUUCAAGACAUGACAAGUACAGUGGCAUCGCGUGUCAUCACCGUACUGAAGUCGUGGUUUGCUCGACACGGUAUUCCUAUUACAGUGAUGAGCGAUAAUGGCCCGCCAUUCAACAGCGAAAGUUUUAAAGACUUUAGUGACGAAUGGGAUUUUAACCAUAUUACCUCUAGUCCUCACCACCCACAAAGCAAUGGAAAAGUUGAGAAUGCUGUAAAGACCUGCAAAUCAUUGUUAAAGAAAGCUCGCGACGACAAACAGGCUCCACUCCUCAGCAUACUCGAAUGGCGCAAUACACCAACCGAAGGCAUGGGUGCUUCUCCCGCCCAGUUACUGUAUGGUAGACGUACUCGAACACGUCUUCCUGUUGCAAAGAAACAGUUGAAACCGACUCUUAUCGAAGGAGUGACGAAGAAGAUGGAGAAAGGCAAAGAGAAGCAAAAGAAAUAUUUUGAUCGACAGUCGCGGAAGUUGAAAAGGCUGUCAGCAGGCGAUGUCAUCCGAAUGCGUUGUCCGGGUGAUUCAAGAUGGUCUCUUGGUAAGGUCAUUGAAGUUAUGGGUUUUCGAUCUUACCUGGUUGAGGUCAAUGGAAGAAGAUAUCGUCGAAAUCGAAGGCAUUUACGUACGACCGCAGAGCAGUUACCUUUACAAACCGAACUGUCCGAUGCAGAUGAGCCGUUGACUGACGACGAAUCAAUCAACGAGCCCCCUGAAGUAGAUACAAUGGGAGGCCAGAGACAUGGGGAAGAUGGUAAUGUACGCCGCUCGGGGCGAAGCCAUCGUGCUCCAAAACGUUUUGAAGAUUACGAGUGCAAUUGACACUAAACCUUUAAAUAAACUAGUUAUAGGUUUGAACCGAAUGUGAUCGGUUGAUUACAUAGAACAGUUAUCGAACUUGUUUAUGAUAACGCAUAGCUAAUUCGAACAAUCGAACAGUUUCCGUUGAGUUUUGUUUUGAAGCUAUAAUUAAGAAACUUAAGGAGAAGAGAUGUAACGAUAGUAGGGUACCGUUUUGGGUUCCCUGUGACACACGGCCAGGGAAUGGGCAUAGAACAAGAUGGCGGACAGUCAGAAUUUUAUAACUUUAUAUUCUUAGCUUUUUAUGUAUGUUUCACUGUUCAUUUACCGUCUAUUAAAAACGUAACAGCACCAAUAUGGUUUUAGGAAAAAUAGAUCAACCGAACUUGCAAUAAUUGAACUUGUUGAAAAAAUUACAAAAGGUAUAGAUGGAGGGAAAUAUACAAUAGGUAUUUUCCUUGAUCUAUCAAAGGCAUUCGACACAAUUAACCACAGGAUUCUGAUUAAAAAACUAGAAUAUUAUGGUAUAAGAGGUAACUGCCUAGAAUGGUUUAAAAAGUAUUUGGAGAAUAGAAAACAAAUCGUUAAGUACAACAAUGUAAAAUCAAAUGAAAUGAUAAUAAAAAGUGGUGUCCCACAAGGAUCAAUACUUGGGCCACUGCUGUUUCUAUUAUAUAUAAAUUAUAUUCAAAACUGCAGUAAAAUAGUUUCUAUUAUUCUAUUUGCAGAUGAUACUAAUGUAUUUUAUAGUCAUACCUGUCUAAAAACACUUAAUGAAAUAAUGCAAAUAGAAAUCAAUAAAAUAUCGGAUUGGCUGAAUAUAAAUAAAUUAUCUAUAAACACGGCGAAAACUAAAUUUAUGUUAUUUAGAUCAUCAAAGAAAAAACAAAAACAUAAUGCAACUAUUUCUAUAAAUGAACAAAUAAUUAAGCAAGUUAAAGACACUACAUUUCUAGGCGUUGUUAUUGACGAGUGCUUAACCUGGAAAGAAGAUAUUAAUUUAAUCUCUAAAAAAAUUAUAAAAGCAUCAAGUAUCAUUUCCAGAAUACGUCAUUUUACCAAUCUUAAUACUCUGAAGCUAGUUUAUUAUGCACUGGUCUAUCCAUAUCUGAUUUAUGGGAACCUAAUCUGGGGUAAUACGUAUAAAACUAGAAUUCAAAAGAUAAUGAAUAUACAAAAGAAAAUUAUGCGCAUAAUGACUUUUAAGUCAUACUCUGAACACACUGAAACUAUUUUCAAACAUUUAGAAAUACUAAACAUUUUUCAAAUGAAUGACUUUUUAACCAGUUUAUUCAUGUUUCGAUAUUUUAACUUAAAAAAUUUACCCGAAGCAUUCACCAACUAUUUCACAGUUAAUAAUGAUGUUCAUCAAUACAAUACAAGGAAAAAAUCACAGCUUCAUAAAUCUUAUAAAAGAACCAAUUAUGUAAAACAUACUCUUUCAAACAAGGGAGUUGAUAUUUGGAAUGGUUUAGAAAAAAAAUAUAAAAAUAUUAGAUCCCUUCAAUCUUUUAAAAAAAUAAUUAAAAAGCACCUCUUACAAAACUGCAGUACUUAAUCUUAGACUUAAUAGACUAAACGACAAUUUCAUGUAUUUUGAACUUCUUGAAGUUUCUAUACGCAUACAUUGCAACUAUAUAUAUGCAUGUAUAUACAUAUGCGUGUAUAUAUGUGUGUGUAUAUGUGUAUAUUAUAUAUAUGCAUGUUAACAUAGGUAGUGGUUAUACAUGUAAUUUACGUUGCUAUAUACUAUAUGUAUAAUCAAUUGAACAAUCAACUUUGUAUAUAAGAUUAUAGACUAUAGUUAUUAAUUGUUUUGUUUUGAAAGUUUUGAACUGCCAAAAACUAUAAAUAGUUAAUCCUAAUCUAGGGGCCUUAAUAAAAAGCCUGUCAAGGUUUCUAGUAGGCUCCUAGCCCUUAUAAUAAUAUAAUAUUGUAAAUAGCUUAAUAUAUAUAUACAUCUAUUUGGAGGGCAAAUUAAAAUUUAAAAAAAAAAUUUAAAAAAAAACAGAAGUAGCUUCACGAAUACUUUGAUUGUCAAUACAAAUCGACAGAACCUUAUGAGGUUUCUUUUUAGGAGAAUGGAAAACAACGAAAUUGGUCUUUUCAAUAUUUAAAGCCAGUCUUUUAAAUAUUUAAAGCCAGUCUAUUCGCAUUCAACCAUUGUGAAACAUUUUUCAAUUCAAUGUUUAAAGUAGUUUGAAUCAAGUCGAGAUUUUUGGAUGAAAAGAAUAUGUUUGUAUCAUCAGCAAAUAAAUGAAAUACCAAUCGAAUGGAACAAUACGGCAGGUCAUGAAUAUAAAGUAAGAAAAGUAAGGGUCCCAGAACUGAUCCCUGCGGUACUCCACAAGAAAUAGCUUUAAGGCUUGAGUUAAUACCGUUAAUUGAUACAUAUUGAUUUCUACCUGUCAAAACGGACUUAAACCAUUUAUUAACAACACCUCUAAAUCCAUAAAAUUCAAGUUUGUUUAAAAGAAUAUGAUGGUUAAUGGUAUCAAAGGCCUUUUUGAAGUCUAUGAAUAAACCAACUCCAAAAGAACCUUUGUCAAGAAACUCCUUCAAAUUUUCAAUAGUACUUAAUAAUGCAUGUGAUGUAGAACGAUUAGCUCUAAAUCCAAACUGAAAUUCAUUAAGAAUAUUGCGAUACUCUAAAUAAUUAUGUGCUCUUUUAUAAACUAAUUUUUCAAAACUUUUGCUGAAAAUUGAUAAAACUGAUAUUGGUCGAUAAUUACUCAUGUCAGUUCUAGAACCCUUUUUAAAUAUUGGCGUAACUUUAGCUAUUUUAAGUUUGUCAGGGAAUAUGCCAUGUAAAAAAGAAUCAUUAAUUAUUUUUGAAAGACACAGAGAAAUAUUAUUAUUGAGUAUCUUCAAAAGUUAAAUGGGUAUGCUAUUCGGUCCAGCUGACUUGCUACAAUUAAGAGAUGAAAUAACUGACGAAAUCUCAAAUUCAGAAACAGGGGAAAAAUAAAACGAAUUACCAUAAUGACCCUUCAAAACAGAUGUGAAUUGGAUUGAACUCAUAGGAACAGAUUUCUCUGUUUGUUUACCUACAUUGACAAAGAAAUCAUUAAAAGUAUUAGCAACAGCCUCCGAGUCAGUUAUUAAGUUACCGCCAUUAAGAUGAAUUGCAGCUCUAAGAUUAUUAUCACUAAAAUUAAUAAUAGACUUAAUACCUGACCACCGCUUCUUCAUAUUAUUCUGAUUUUGAUUAAAAUAUUUAUGGUAAUAUUGUUGUUUACUAUUUCUAAUAUCCCUUACAACUCUAUUACGAAAUGAUAAAAAUAACUGCUUUGUUUGAAUGUUGUCUGAUUUAAACUGUUGUCUAAAGAGUUCAUCUCUAAAUUUAAUCUUCUUUUGAAUGUCAAAAUUAAUCCAAGGUUUUGAUCUCAACUUAGUUUGCUUUUUAGAAAGCUUACGAUGAGGAACACUCUGACUAAUAAAGUCUGAAGUUUUUUUCAAAAACAUAUCAAAUUUAUUAUUACAGUCAAUAUCAGGAUUAUCUAAGUAUAUCCAAUCAAAAUUGGAGAACUUAUUGAUAAAAGAACGUUCAUCAAUUUUACUAAAAUCGUAAAAUUCAGAAUUUAAAGAUUUAUAGUAAAUUUUCAAAUCAUUAAGUAAAAGAAAUUGAGCAAAAUGAUCAGAUAAAUUAGUCACAAUAUUACCACUUAUGCAAUGAUGAUUAAUAGUAUUACCAUAUAUAUUAUCAAUCAAUGUUGCAGAAUUCUCUGUAACAUGAGUUGGCUGAAGAAUUUAAGGUAAAAAGAAAUUUGCAUUCAACGUAUUGAGGAACUCAUUUGUUUCAUUAUGUCGGUCAAAGUCUAAUAGGUUAAUAUUAAAAUCGCCUAUCAUAAAAAUUUGUUUGUUCUCAUUGGAUAUUUUUAGAAAUACAGACUCAAUGUGUUCUCUAAAUUUUCUCAGGUCAGAAGAUGGGUGAUAAUAUAUACAUGAACAUAAUAUAUCGAUCAAUUCGAAACUUCACCAUCCCCCCCCCCCCGGGCAUACCCCGGGAAUUUGACUUCAAGUCUUCUCCAGGGAGUAGGGAAUUUGACGUUCUAAGUCUUCCAUGUGGUGGGGUUGAUAACGGGGUGGGGAAUUUGAACCGGAAGUCUUAAAAUAAUAGGUUUUGUUUGUGGAAACACCACGUAAAUUUAUUACUGCAAAGCUUUCGAUCCGUAAGCCCGGAUCUUCAUCAGUGCUAAUAAUAUGUCGAAGAAGAAGAUGAAGAUCCGGGCUUACGGAUCGAAAGCUUUGCAGUAAUAAAUUUACGUGGUGUUUCCACAAACAAAACCUAUUAUAUUUUAUCACCAUGCAAACAUACAAAGAAGUCUUAAAAUGUUGCCCGUUUUCGCGUGCUCCCUGCAUGCACAGAAAAUACUUUGUAAUGGCGGCAAAUACAGUUUUCUCAGAUUUCGAGGGAAACAGCCUCAAUUUUGUGAAAAAACUGGCUCAAAGAAACGGGCAUGGAAAAUCUAUGUGUUUCAUUUGAAGGUAUGUACUACAUAACGUGUAAAACUGUUAAAUUUCCACAAGGUAUCCAAACUGUUUACGCGAAUUUCGCUAUCUUGUCGAAAACAUUUCCGUAUAUUUUGUACUUUUUGUAUUUACUGUUUCAUAAUUUUCAUAUGAAGGUGGGGCAUUUGAACGCUUAAUUUCUUGUUACAGUGGGGCAUUUAAAGACAUUUUUUGCACAGAGGGUGGAGAAUUUGAUCAGUCAAAUUUCAAAAAGUUCAAAUUCCCGGGGUCGGCCCGGGGGGGGAUGGCGAAGUUUCGAAUUGAUCGAUACAUAAUAUGUUUUUACCCUUGGAGUUCUUGAUUUCAAUCCAUAAAGUUUCAAAAUCAUCGGAUAUGCAACUAAGAUCAGACUUUCAUUAUGUAUAAGUGAGUUACUUAUAUACAUAGCAACCCCACCAGCAGAUAAUUUAGUUGGUUGGGUAUAUAAAUCAUAUCCACAUAGAUUAUUGUUCAUCUUAAACCCCUUGUUAAUGAGUUCUCUAGUCUCGGAUAUUCCUAUAAUAUGAAAUGGAAUAUCCAUAGUAUAUAAAAGAGAUUGCAAUUCAUCAAAAUGAGCAUCAAGGCUUCUAAGAUUAAUAUGAAAUAAAGAAAAUGUAUUGAUGUCAAAAUACCUCUUUAAAGUGUUUAAAUCAUCCAUAUAAUAAUAUUGAGAAUUAACUGGGUUGGGCAUCAUACUUUCAUUAUCAAAGUCACUGAGAUUAGGCCUUGAAGACAAUUUGGAUAAUACAUCAAAUGAUGGUGGAAAGUCAAGACUAGUAGGUCUAUCAUAUGAUAGUAUUUUUACAAACUCAAAAUCAUUUAAAUUAGAAAAUGGAAAGUUAUAGGCCAGACAAAAUCUACAUAGCCACAUGUUAUCAGAACAGGCAUGUAGGUAGUCAGCUGGGCCAAAGGACAUACAUCUUGGGUGAAAUAAUAAAUCGCAAGUAGAACAUAUUAGAACUUUUUGGUUAUUCCCAAUUUGAAAACUGCACAUAUUGCAGUUCAUAGGAAUAUUUGAUAUGUUACUAGCCAUUGAGAUACUUAGGUAAUUUAAUAUUCACAACAACAACACACAUGUAUGGCUUAAAACGCCAAUAUAGUUUCAACGUGCAGGCACUUGCCUAUCCUUUACUACUAACUUAUCCAGUACAAAAUAUGCGAUCUUGCCUUGUUCUUUGGCUUCUCUAAGUCGAGGUAAAAGAUCUUUCCUUAUCUUCAUAGUUUCCUCGGUGACAUCUUCACUGACGAAUAUGCCAGUCGGUCGUAAUCGUCUUGCAGCUUUUAGGAUAGACUCUUUAACUUUCCAAUCAUAAAGAUUGCAUAUCACUGUUCUAGGUCUAGAGGGGAUGGAGCCAUCAAGAUUCCUUUUACGACCUGUUCUAUGCGCUCGUUUGAACUGUGGCUCUAUUUCGAGAUUGAGUCUGUCCUUCGAGAUUUUUCUAGCUUUCUCUUCGGUUUGUUCCCAUGUUUCGUUGAAAUCUUCUGGGAUUCCAUUUAUUCUAAUAUUGUUACAUCUACUUUGGUUUUCAAGAUACAUCAGUUUGGACUUUAUCUUUGUCAUUUCAAAUAAAUAAAUAAAUUAUCAAAUAAAUUAUCUAUAAAUUAAUUAAUUAAUAUCUAUAAGCCAAAUAAAUUAUCUAUAAACUUGAAGAAAACCAAUUUUAUGAUUUUUAAACCGAAGCAAAAAAAGUAUUACGUUAAUCCCAAAAUUGCCUUAAAUAACCAUGAAAUAGAUUUGGUCAAUGAAGCUAGCUUUCUUGGGGUAAUCUUAGGGAAAUACCUCCAAUCUUCAUUUGUGAAAUUUGAGCAUGUGGUUCGAUAAAAUUUGAAUUUGCCGCGAUUAUAUAAACGGAAUUAGAAUGCUGAUAUAAAUAUAUUUAUAUAUAUUUAUAGCAUUUAUACUUCAACAAAUGCUACUGUAAAAGUUUUAUAUUUGAAUCAGACUUAUUCAUGUUUAUUAAUAUAUUUGUAUAUCCCAAGUGCCAACUGUAUAUGCCAGAUUAAUUGUAAAUUGUCAGCCAUAUUUAAUUUCAAUUCAAUUUUUUUUCAAUUCAAUUUAUUACAAGUUAAAAACAAACAAGUUACACACUACACUAACCCGCAAGUAGUUAAAAACUAAUCUAGGCGGGUAUAGUGUUGAUUAGAAAAUUUAACUACUUGCUCAAAUCAGCAGCAGUAUUUAUUCAUAUGUUUUGUUUAAAUUAAACAAUUUUCAUUUUGAGAGGCCUUGCACCAGUCAAUGUAUUAAAAUCUGUUAGCCUUUAGACAUGCUUUAGUGUAAUGCCAGGAAAAUUAUCCAUGUUUUUUCUAUUAAUUAAACAUAACUAUGUGAUGGUAUUCAAAUUAACCAGACUCUCUGCUAGCUUACAUUUCAUGCUAACUUGUUAAGAUGAAUGUGCUCAACUUUCAGUACUUUUUUAUUUUACCUUGUCUAACACCAGAUCAUUUUACUUGAAAGAGAGUGGACAACUUUGAUAGGUUACCUUGCUGUCUCCCUGUGUUUUGUGUAAACUCAAUAAGACCCAAUUCACAAAUUCACACUAAUGUGCUCUAUUUCAAAGCUCACUAUUUGCCCUGUUAAUACCAGACUAUUUUGCAUUAUUUGGCGUUAGCACAUUUAGAUGUAAUUCACCCUAACACUCAAUCCCCACUUUCAGUACUUUGAUAUUUAUCAGAUGAUUUUACUCAUCAAAAUGAAUGUUGGUCAUUGAAAGGUUAAUAAUUAACUGCAAAAGCUGCUGUGUGGCAUAUUUAGAAGCAAUGUGCCCUACUUUUAGUACUUUGUUAUUUUACUGUGUUUAUUCUAUUAAAGUGCUAGACUUUCCACUUAGAGUAAAAUAAUAAAUUGGGUGCAUUUGGGCAUAUUUAAUGGGUUAACAAAACACAUUGGAAUGGUAUACAUAAAAGAAAUGUAUUUGUCUUUUUACAGCUAUCAACAAAGUAUGGAUGUAAGGCCUCAGAGGUUCAUCAACAUAUGAGGACAAAUAUAAACAACAUGGGAAAGUGUUGCAAAGUACAGAAAAGCAAACAAGAACAAGAACUUAUUUGAGGACUAUGUUUUGAGGCCAGUUUUAAACUUAACUUUAAAUGUCAAUUAUGGUUAUUACCUAUGGGUUUAGCCCAUUAAGUGCCAGCGCUCUGACGAGUAAAACCGUCUGGCAUUAGACAGA